GUCAUCUUGCCGGAAAAUAUUUACAUUAAAAAAGUCAAGUGUACAAAAUGUUUCGAAUCUCUCAACCAAGUCGUUAGGUUAUUUACGAAUUCGUGAUUUGUAGUGAAAUAUAAGUUCGGGAGCCAUGGAGGCAAUGAAUCUUUAUCAAAAGGCUUAUUGCGAUGCUUUAACCGUAAACAGUCAAGAAACCGAACGGUGGAAUGCUUACCGCAAGGAACAUCAGAACGUUAAAGAACACCUUAGUAUGUACCAAAAACAGUUGAAAGUCCAAAUCCUCAUUCCGAUUGGGUCAAAAGCAUUCCUCCCUGGUCAUCUAUAUCACACGGGGGAAGUGAUGGCAUCUCAUGGUUGUGGCUAUUUUUCCGAUUGUUCCACAGAGGAAGCCAACCUGUUGAUUGACCAUCGUAUUGCCGUGGCGGAAAAAAUGUUACAGAGAUACGAUAACGAACGGGAACUGUUCACUAGUAAGAUGGAGGUUCCAUAUGCAGAGGAAGCAUUUGGCGGACAAGAAAUUAUAGAGAAAUAUGACGAAGAACGGGAAAAGUUGUGGCGAGAAGAGCAUCGAAUACGAACUCGAAAGCACAAGCAACAGGAGGCAGAAAAGCGGUUAGAAAAUCAAAAUGAGAAUGCGUCUGAUGCGGAUAUUUUUGACCGUCUCGAGGAAUUGGAACUGAUGGAGGAACUCGAACAAGAAAUUCGCUCCUUAGAAGUUCCAAUAGACAAUGACGAUCAGUUGCGUAGACUGAUGGAUGGCGAGAUUAAAGUGAAUGAAAGGAAAAUAUUAGCUCAUGAUGCAACGGCGAAGGCUGAUAGCACAUAUCGUACGGUUAGCGAAAUUAAAACUGAGACUGAAGAAGAUAAACCGGAACAUUAUGAUAUAGAAGUAUCAACAACAGAUGACGGGACAAGUUCUUCCGAAGAAUCAGAUGAUGAUAUUUCUUCGAGUUUUUCGAAGCUCCUACAGGAAACAAAAGCUAUGAAUAAAAAAGACAAAGCCCAAGCGUUCAGAAAAAAGUUGCACGAAAUCAAAACCCGCUUGCAAGAAGAUGAUACUAUUGUAGCCGAAAAGGUGGAUCUAUGCGAUCUACGUUACGAAAUAGAAGAAGCCUUAGAUUUCAUGGAACCUUCUUGGGAAACCCUCGAUGAUUCGUCAAGCAUUGAGAACGAAACCAGCAAAAAGAAGACUAUCACAUUUGCGAAGACCAAAAGUGUGAAAAUAAUCGACAAAUGGGAGGCCGCUUCAAAAGCUAGUGACCACCUAGAAGACAGUGGCCGAAGAAAUACAUUAGAGUUAAGGGUGGUCCAUUCAUUGGCAGCACAAACCCAGCUGGAUGCCAACAAAACCGGGGAAAUUCGGAGUCCGGCCGAUAUCUAUCGCGUAUUCCAGCAUUGCCUACGGAAGGAUGACACGGAAACGCCGCUGAUGGAAACAAAAUCCAUUCUUAAGAAUCGUGAUAUGGUACUGGCAGAAACUCACCACACAGUUGCCGAACCGAUUGCUCAUAAAAAUAAACGGCCACAGAAAGCAGCACCAGUUUGUUAUACAAUUGGCGAUGUUAUCGAGCAUAAAUUCGACGAUUUCGCCAAGCCGGUAUGCAAUACCCAAGCGAUACCAUCCGUUGGACAGAAGAAAGUUAGCAAAUUCAAACAACAAAGACAUUGAUUGUAAGUGGUUUGAAAGUUGGAAAUAAAUUGUUCAAAAUGUUCAAUGUUUGCUAAUCUAA